AAAUCCAACAUGGCGACUAACAAGCGGGUGCUGUAUAUCGGUGGUCUGGCUGAGGAGGUGGAUGAGAAGGUGCUGCAUGCAGCUUUUAUUCCCUUUGGCGACGUGACAGACAUCCAGAUCCCCCUGGACUAUGAAACAGAGAAGCACAGAGGGUUUGCUUUUAUUGAAUUUGAGCUGGCUGAGGAUGCUGCAGCAGCCAUUGAUAACAUGAACGAGUCGGAACUGUUUGGACGGACGAUCCGCGUGAACAUCGCCAAACCGAUGAGAAUCAAAGAGGGCUCCUCUCGACCAGUGUGGUCUGACGAUGACUGGCUCAAGAAAUUCUCCGGUAAAACCUCCGAGGAGGCUGAGGCAGAAGCAGCAGCCGGUGAAACAGAAAAAACGACGACAGAAGAGGCGGAGCCCCCGGCUAAAAAAGGGAGAGUCAAUCCGCAGGUCUACAUGGACAUAAAGAUCGGCAACAAGCCAGCAGGAAGGCUGCGCUUCCUCCUGCGUGCCGACAUCGUUCCCAUGACUGCAGAGAAUUUCCGCUGCCUGUGCACUCACGAGAAGGGCUUCGGCUACAAGGGCAGCAGCUUCCAUCGCAUCAUCCCACAGUUCAUGUGCCAAGGAGGCGACUUCACCAACCACAACGGCACCGGGGGGAAGUCCAUCUACGGCCGCAAGUUUGACGACGAGAACUUCGUCCUCAAACACACUGCUCCAGGCCAGCUCUCCAUGGCCAAUUCCGGGUCAAACACGAAUGGCUCUCAGUUCUUCAUAACCACUGACAAAACAGACUGGCUGGAUGGGAAACACGUGGUGUUUGGAGAGCUGGUGGAGGGGAUGGACGUGCUCCGGGCAAUGGAGGCUCAAGGAUCAAAAGAUGGCAAAACGAAGCAGAAAGUGGUCAUCUCUGACUGUGGAGAAUAUGAGUGAACGGAGAGAGCGCUUGCCUGUGUGUGUGUGUGUGUGUCUGUUUGUAAAGACAGUAUAACUCUGCAAGUCCGGAGUGUGUUCUUGGUCUUUUGUACUUUGACGCCUCGUCUACUGCCAUGUAAAUAUUCCAAUAAACAUUUUUUAAAUAAGA